AUGGCCCCUCCUUUCCACCAAUACGCUAUGUCAUUCCUCCAUAAAACGCAAAAGAUCGACACAAACAUUCUCCUGGCAAAUCGCCAGACUUUCGCUGAAGCCAAAGAAAUCAUCCUUCGUCGUGCUCGCCUUGUGAAGGUCACCACCACCAACAUCGAUCUUUCUCGGCGGCUAUGUGCCAGCCAGCUGAGCUUGCUCGAUCCUAAGUACAGCAACCUCUGUAUCAUGACUCACAACUUGUAUCAUCACUACAGAGGCAACUCGAACUGUCCUCCCAAAUCGGAGUUUGUCCUCUACGGAAGGGACGUUGAAACCUUCUGUCGUGCGAUCAUGGGAGACACUGCCCUCUCCCUCCGCCCCCAGGUGUGUGCGGCGACUCGUCACACGCUGGCAUUCACGACAAACUUCCACCAUGAGAACGUCGCGCCCGAAUACCUAUCCAGAGAGAAGAUCCAUGAGCAGGUCCUUCAACCUUACCGAAAACGUCUCCACGGUUUUUUCAGCGUCUCACUGCAGGGUUCCUGCGUUGGCCUGGGCGAAGCACUCGCCGCCACCGCCGUCAAGGACAUGAAAUCUAAAUUCAUCCCGGACCCUGACGAGCUUCUCAACGACAUAGAAGACUUGCUCUUGCUAAGCCAAAAAGGUAUUGGUGGGUAUUGGCACAGUAUCAUUCCCAUUUACAAGGCUCUAGACAUGUGCAAGGGAAUAGUGAGAGACCCAGAUGUGUGGGCUGGCGUCAAGAACAAAGCCAGCGAUCGCACGGCUUUCGUCAACGACAUUCUGGGCAAGACUUAUCGGUCGCUCCUGGAACAAUUGGUAAUCUGGAGUAAAUUCUCCCCCCUGGUGCGUUCCGAUGUUCCUUACACAGCCUAUCUCAUGCAGAUGUACGAGAUGUCUCUUGCUGCUGCGAGGUGGUUCGGCGCCCCUGGUUGGAGCCCUCCCACUCGUCUGGAGAUGGACAUGCACCACUGUGUUGCUCGAGAGAUUUUCGUGCACAACGGUACACGCUUCACGGUUCGGCCCCUGGGUGUUGGGUAUAAGGCGGCCCAACGGGCUCUCGAACUCGCACCUGGCAGGGAGAAUUUCAAGCCAUUGGUGGAAUUGUAUGAGAAUUGCAAGGAAAGGUUUGUGCAGCUAGGAUACUUCAUUGACAUUGAUGACGAUGUUCUGAUAGAGAAUGGUAUUGCAUGGUGGUCAGGCUCUCAACCAUGGUCAUACACGUAG